GUGUUUGCCCCUCGAGGAAAGCCACAUUGGGAUGAGCUCUGCUGGACACGAAGAGCGCACUGCUGCGAGCGAACAGAUCCGCCCGCCGGUGCAGGAGGGCCGCGAUGCGAAGCUUGCAAGUUUGCAACUGCAGAUUUCGCAAUUGGCGGUCCUGGUGGAGGGUUUGGUGAAGAAGAAGGAGCCUGGCAGCGUCGUGGCGGAUGCAGCCAGUAAGGGGCGGCUGGGUUGCUGCCCCCGAAGACCAACAAGAGCCCCUUCAGCCGCACGGCGGAGGCGGGGGAUUUCUCCAGCAGCAAGCGAGAGAUGCUGGGCAAGGAGCCCGGCAGCUGCUGAAGGCGGCUGGGCCAGCAGAUCGGGAGCGAACCCUGUUGGACCAGCCGGAGUGGGCCCGGGCAUAGGACCGGACUACGGGGAAGCGAGGGGGUUAAACCCCCAAGGUGAGAUACCCGUGCUUCGAGGAAAUGGAGAAUUCCUCGACGGCUACAGCAGUAGCCACAUGAAGAGAGUACAGUCAAUGCCCCUCGUCUCGAAGGGGAGAGUCGCGGCCAUGGGUAUGACUCGUGGAGAAAGUCGCUUAUCCAAGCGGCCAAGACUGUAGGACUGGACGGCCAAUUGAUCGGCAACAACGAGUGACAUGCACCUGUCGGCAACCGAAAUGUGCCAAGCUCGGAGCUGUUCCACCUCCAAUACACCAGCGACGAGGUCCUGAGGGGCCUCCAAGCGUUCUAUUUUGUGACCACUGCCAUCGUCAGAGAAGCCGACAAGGCGAUCUUGAACAAAUGCGAGACCAC